CCGGGAGAGAUUGUCCUGAUUCUUUCGACGUUCCUGCCACAGCACGACUUGGCGCAGUUCGUGCUGGUAUGCAAAUACUGGUACAAGCUGCUCAUCUCUCACCUGUACCGCCAUGUAAAGCUGCCUUUGCAUGACUACUGUGGCUCCGAAUAUGAUCCCAUUCGCUGUAACAGAGACCUCCCCAUUCGUCGCUUUACCACGUUCAUCCUAAAUAAGCUGACAUUCGCUCCCUUCAUCCGCUCCCUGGAGCUAUACGCUAGAAAUUGCGAGGUGGAAUGGUACCACCAAGGCCCGCUAGAGCCAGUGGAUGAGCAAAAGUGUCGCAGUUUCAUGUUGCCUUACGGCGAUGCUAACAGCGAACAUCGUCGCAAGUUCCAAGAAUGGCGCCGAGACCUCAAACACAGUUCUGAACGACAAGACAGUCAUCGUCCCUACCGAUAUGAAGACGCCUGGCUUGCAUUGUUGAUGGUACAAUUGAAUAAUCUCGAGGAAUUUGCUAUCGAGUUGGCUGAAGAGUGGGACCAUCUGGUUGGAGGACAGGUGGAUCGACUUAAGAACUCCGUUCACUUUGAAAGGGUCCUGGAAUGGGCGAGAAACCCAGAACUGGGAAUUCUCACGCGUCUCGAGCGAGUUUCCUUGGCGAAUGGCCCAGCAUUUUGGCAGCAGGGGACUGCCAUGAAUGCUGUGUCGUUCAACAGAGUCAUGCCCUAUCUUAAGAUCCCCUCCCUGAGAAGGAUCUCCGUGAAAAAGGCGUGCGAUAGAACUGAGUUUUCGAUGCCCAGGGAUUUGAUCUUCCCAUUGACCCAUCUGGAUCUUUUGGUGCCAAACGACGGCGUCCCUCAUCUUCCCAGUCUUUUAAAAAGGUGCCCACAACUGCAAUCGCUAACUCUCGAAUUGGGAGAUUGGGGAGAAAAUGAGACGCACGGAUACCUCGAUUACUCGGCGUUGCACCUCCCCCUACAACGGUCUCAGUAUUCGUUGCGUCACCUCAGCCUGACUUUCGAAGGGCACGGGACCUGUCAAGAGGCUAAUAUUCCAGCACCUGCAUUCUUCGGGAGUCUUGUGAAGUUUUGUAAUCUGCAAUCCAUCCAUAUGAGAUGGAGCAACCUGAUGUCGUUCUCCGAAGUUGGUCUCGUAUAUGGGGUCCAUGAGCCCACCAUAUCUCUUCGGGACGUGCUUCCCCGCUCACUGCAACAUCUUUGGAUAGAUGAUUGUCUGAUACAGUGCUCGUUGCCCUUGUGCAGGGAGAUUGAAUGUCUUUUGAUUGAUUCCUCUGAGACAUUUGUCCAGCUAAAAACCAUCUAUCUCCGAUACGCCGCCAAAGAGCAGGUAUCUGAAGAAAUAUGCAUACGCGGUGUUGGUGGUCAUGGGUCUGACUGGCGGGUGAUGAAAGCAGAUCCCAUCAUCGGAGGCCGCUUGCUGGAUUUGCAGGAUAAUUUCCGUGCAUUGGACGUGGACUUUUGGGUGAUACCUACAAGGGAUACGGCAGUGUCGUUCCCUCCAAACGACGCUAUCGAGAAGAACAGACCCGAAGGAAUUUCUGGUAGAAUUCUGGAAUAUACUUUUUUGUUGGGUUUGCUUGUUCAGGGGCCGUGGCUCACAGUCAGCGGCAGCCCAACCAAUGAGUCUUUCGUGAAGGAGAUCAUCUGUGAGGUGAGAUCAGAGUACAUGACUGAUGGAAAAGAUCGUGGAUCUAGUACAGAAUCUAAAGUCUGCAUAUCACGUGCACUACUCUUGUUUGGCGCAGUGACUUGA